AUAUUUUGUUGUAAAAACUAAUGUAAAGUAACAAAAAUUUCCCAACACCUAUACAUGUGACAGCAAAAGUUUUUCUUGGUUACACGAAAUAUCGAUUAUUCACUCUGCUUGUCUUCGAAGGAUUAUUACAGUUUUUCGCCUUUUACGAGGCAACAGUCGAAUUCAGUCAAAAUGGCACGUAAAUUUUUCGUUGGAGGUAAUUGGAAGAUGAACGGUAAUAAGAAAGAAAUUGACGAUAUUGUCGCAUUCUUGAAAGCCGGGCCCCUUGAUCCUAAUGUUGAGGUUGUUGUUGGAGUUCCUGCAAUAUAUUUAUCGUACACAAAAGGGAUCUUGCCUAAUAAUAUAGGCAUUAGUGCACAAAACUGUUAUAAAGUACCAAAAGGUGCUUUUACUGGAGAAAUAAGCCCUGCUAUGCUUUUAGAUAAUGGGAUCUCAUGGGUGAUUCUAGGUCACUCUGAACGAAGAAAUGUGUUUGGAGAGAAUGAUGAACUAGUUGCUGAAAAAACUGCUCAUGCUUUGGAAGCUGGUGUGAAAGUGAUUGCUUGUAUUGGUGAGAAAUUGGAAGAAAGAGAGUCUGGAAAAACCGAAGAAGUUGUAUUCAGACAAACAAAAGCAAUUGCUGACAAAAUCAAGUCAUGGGAUAAUGUGGUUGUAGCAUAUGAGCCAGUGUGGGCCAUUGGUACUGGUAAGACUGCUACUCCUCAACAAGCUCAAGAUGUCCAUGACAAACUUCGAGCAUGGUUUGCUAAAAAUGUCAGCCCAGUAGUAGCAGAAUCUGUGAGAAUUAUUUAUGGUGGUUCAGUGACUGCAGAUAAUGCUAAAGAUUUAGCUAAAGAGAAGGAUAUUGAUGGAUUCCUUGUAGGAGGAGCUUCUCUAAAACCUGAUUUUAUUAAGAUUGUCAAUGCAAAACAGUGAAAUGGA